GCGCACUGCGCGUCCGGGAUGUCGUCGCAGCUGACGGGGCCGGGCGCACGGCCUCGCCGCCGCCGCCCUGCGGCUGGGCGCCCAUGGCAGCAGCCGCUGGCCGAGAGGCGCGGGCGCUUUCUGCGCCGCUGGGGCGUUGACCACCACACCCACCACCCACCGCUCGCCCAAGACGCAGUCACAGUGAGGGGCCCUGAAGACAUGGGCCAGUGACCAAUGCACGUGGUGUCAGCAGUCCUGGGAGACCACGACUUCGCGCCUUGACCAGGGCCGCGCAUCCCACGAGGCCUGCAGAGGAGCCCGCCAAAGAGCGCGGUCGCCGCCCACCGCCGCCCGCCCACCUGCCGCCCGCUUCGCCCCCGCCGCCGCUUUGCGCCUCGAAGCCACCACGUACACAGCGCGUCCUUUUCAGGGACUUACAAGCUUUUCCGGAUGAACGUCAUAUCCAGUAUAUUGCCUCCUGGCAGUACAUAACCAGAACGCGCGUCAUGUUUACAGCCUUAGGCGCUUUUUCGCUGAAACAUAUCCUGUAUAUGUCUCCUACCACUACGUAGUAUGAAGAAAAAUGAUUUUAGUUAGACGUAAAUUUCUCUGACAUUGCUAAUUUAAAAUAAAUAAAUGUCUCUAUUGAAGAAGCUGAGGCUGCCCAUCAGGCUACUGGACCAGACCACAUUCAAAAGUUUAAUGCAAUACGUGAUAAAUGAAAGUCAAUCAAGAAAUUACGUACGCAAUAUACGAUAUUAUGCAGCCUUUUGUGAGUGUAUUUUCCGUGCCUAAAAUGAGAAGUUUUGACUCCCCCCCCCAAAAAAAAUCCUACGCCUUCUCACGAGGGGGGGGGGCACGUGCUGGUGACGAGUCGCAAAGGGCGCAGUCGCUGGAGAGCGCGAAAGGGCGCGGCUGGCGAGCGGUUGCGGCGGCCGCUGAUGCGAAUAGUCUGACCGCCUGCGCCCGGCGACGCCCGCGAGGCCAAGGGAUAGCCGACGGCGCAGCCUCCCGCCGCGCGCAAUAAACCCAUUCGUUUCCGUUCAAUUCUCUCUGUCUCUCUCUCACUCUCUUCCUCUAUCUGUCUCUGCCUCUGUCUCUCUCUCUCUGUCUUACUGUCUCUCUCUCUGCCUCACAGUCUCUUUCUGUCUCUCUCUGCCUCUCACUCUGUCUGUCUGUGUGUCUGUCUGUCUGUCUGUCUGUCUGUCUCUCUCUCUGUCUCUCUCUCUCUGUCUCU